CCAAUAAACACCCUAAUCCGACUACUUCGAUUUCUGAUUCUUUUCCAUCUCGUCUUCCUUUGUGGUGAACGACUAGAGUUGUACGAUUUCACAAAACCCUAGAAAGGAUAGAACGAGAUGUCGAGCCGGAAACAUAGAGAUUCCGAUCGCGACAGGGAUAAGGAUUCAACCAAAGACUACAAGCAUCGAAGCAGCCAGCACUCCGAUGACCACCACCGCUCCAAACACGAUAAACACCGAGACGCCGAUGGAGAUGAUCGACGUCGCAGGGGGGAACGCGAGAGAUCCGAAGAUGUUGAAGAUCGGGUUAAGCGUGAGAGGUCAUACGACAGAGAAGGCAGCAAGGAUAGGGAACCGAGAGAGAAAUCGGUGGAUAACAGACGGCAUCACAAUCACAAGAGGAAAGAUAGAGGUGGAGAGAGUGACGAGGAGGAUCGGUAUUACGAUGCUCGCGAUAAACGAACUAGGGUUGCGGAUGAGAGAAAGGAGAGGCGGCGGUUUGAGGACAAAGUUGCCGCUGCUGAGGAUGACAGAGAUAGAGAAGAGAGGAAAGAGAGGAGGAAAUUUGAGGAUAAAGUUAAGAAAGAAGAGACCAGUUUUAUUGAUAACGAUGAAGAUAAACUGCAACAAGAGAAAUUAAACGGGGAAACAAUGACAACGACGAAGAGCGAACCUAAAGAUGAACACAAUGGUGGUUCCGAUGCCAAUGGUGGUGCACAGGGAUCACGCAGUAAGGCAUAUGGAACCCCACAUGAGACCCCUUUGGCAUCCAGCCACCCUCCUCUUCCUCCUCCUCCUAAGUACAGAUGGGACUUCUACAGAUGCUGGCAAGAGUGGAGGCAUCUCUCUCGAUGCCUUAUCUAAGGCCAAAGCAACUUUACUGAAGCGAAAGGAGCUUGCAGAGAAGAUGAAGAAGAUCCCCAUGUUAAACAAGGUUGCAGAUUCAGCAAGAGAGGGACUGAAAGCUCCAUCUAGUUCAGGAUUACCCCCUCCUCCACCACAAUCUGUAACUGCUAAUGCUGCCCCACUUGGUGGAGGGCUGCCCCAACUUGCAGGACUAACUGCCCCAAAGUUUGAAGCUGUAAAACGGGCACAAGAACUUGCUGCAAAGAUGGGUUUCAGACAAGACCCUGAAUUUGCUCCACUUAUAAACAUGUUCCCAGGACAGCUGGCACCAGAGGUGACUGGUCAACCUAAGCCUGCAAAAAGCUCCUGUUCUUCGUUUGGAUGCAUUGGGUAGGGAAGUAGAUGAAAAUGGCAAUGUGGUAAAUAUACCAAAGUUAAACAACUUGAGCACACUUAAAGUUAACAUUAACAAACAGAAGAAAGAUGCAUUCCAGAUUCUGAAACCAGAAUUAGAAGUGGACCCUGAUAAAAACCCUCACUUUGAUCCACGAAUGGGAAUCGAUAAAACCAAGCUUUUAAGACCUAAAAAGAUGACCUUUCAGUUUGUUGAGGAAGGCAAAUGGGCUAAAGAGGCAGAAAUCAUCAAGUUGAAGAGUCAAUUUGGUGAAGCACAAGCGAGAGAGUUCAAAGCAAAACAAGCACAUCUUGCUAAGGCUAAAGCUGAACCUGAUAUUAACCCAAAUCUCAUAGAGGUAGCUGAGAGAAUUAUCAUCAAAGAAAAGCCGAAAGACCCUAUUCCUGAUGUUGAGUGGUGGGAUGUGACAAUUCUUGAACCUGGUACUUAUGGAAACCUGGAAGAAGGCGGGCCACCAGAAGACAUACUAAAGAAAGAAAAGAUAACUUUAUACCGAGAACACCCCCGCCCAAUCGAGCCGCCAGCCGAACCGGCCCCACCGCCACCUCAGCCCUUAAAACUCACCCAAAAAGAACGCAAAAAGCUCCGCACCCAACGCCGCCUAGCCACCGAAAAAAACCGGCAAGAAAUGAUCCGGCAAGGCCUUCUAGAACCCCCAAAACCCAAAGUCAAAAUGAGCAAUCUCAUGAAAGUCCUCGGCUCAGAAGCCACCCAAGACCCCACCCGCCUCGAAAUGGAAAUCCGAAGCGCCGCCGCCGAACGCGAACAAGCCCACGUUGACCGCAACAUCGCCCGAAAACUAACCCCUGCGGAACGACGUGAGAAAAAAGAGCGCAAACUUUUCGAUGACAAUAAUACCCUCGAGACGAUUGUGUCAGUGUAUAAAAUCAACGACCUUUCGCACCCGAAGACACGGUUUAAAGUUGAUGUGAACGCACAGGAGAAUCGGUUGUCGGGGUGUGCGGUGAUUUCGGAGGGUAUUUGUGUGGUUGUGGUGGAGGGCGGGGUUAAAUCGGUAAAAAGGUAUCAGAAGUUGAUGUUGAAGAGGAUAGAUUGGAGUGCGGCUGUGGAAGAUGAGAAUAUGGAUGAAGAUGAUGGUGAUGAUGGGGAUGUGAAGGUGAAGAAUAAGUGUGUGUUGGUGUGGCAAGGGAGUGUGGCGAGACAGAGUUUCCAUAAGUUUUUGGUGCAUGAAUGUAGGACUGAGAAUGCGGCUCGAAGGGUGUUUUCAGAUGCGGGGGUUGGACAUUAUUGGGAUUUAGCCGUUAAUUUUACGGAUGAGGUGUGAUUUGGAUCUUUUUUGGUUUGUGUGAUGAGUAUGUUGUUGAAGGUCCAAAACUGGGAGAGAUGAGAUAGACUUGAAGUAAAUUUGAUGUUAUGUUGAAUAAUAGACACUUAUUUUGUCAAUGAUCUUAUCUCGUUCGUUAUUAUUGCUUCAAGCUGGUGUAGGAUUUAUCGC